GGGCGCCCGUCGCAAAAAUGUUGUGUCGCACCACCACCAGGCUCGUCCCAUAAUCUAUGCUAUUUAGAUAUCUCUCUCCUCUUGUUGGCUCCCUCAACCCUUGUCGCUCGUUCUAUCCUGUCCCUUUGCGCAGAAUGUCUACUCUCUCACCCGCCGUUCUUGCAUCUCGUGCCGUGCUCUCUAGCAUCGACUUGUCCAAAUAUGACCCCGAGCAAUCCAGGCUGAUGGACGAGAGGUGUAUCUUGGUGGAUGAAGAGGAUCGUGCUCUUGGGGCGGCAGACAAGAAGACGUGUCAUUUAAUGGAGAACAUAAACAAGGGUCUCCUGCAUCGAGCUUUCUCUGCCUUCGUAUUCCGUCCCUCGGACGGAAAACUACUUCUACAACAGCGUGCGACUGAGAAGAUUACCUUCCCUGAUAUGUGGACGAAUACCUGCUGCUCGCAUCCCCUGGACGAUUUCGAAGAAGAGAAAGUCGAGGAGGAACAACUCGGCGUUCGGGUAGCUGCAUCUCGGAAACUGGAACAGGAACUCGGUAUCCCGCAGAGUCAGACACCUAUCGAUCAAUUCCAAUACCUCACCAAGAUCCAUUACCUUGCUCCUUCCAAUGGCGUUUGGGGCGAGCAUGAGGUCGAUUAUAUAUUGUUUUUGACUGCUGACGUUACUGUAACGCCUAACGUCAACGAGAUUCGCGACUAUAAAUACGUCGACAAAGCAGAACUCCAGGCGAUGUUCGAUAAUUCGGGUAAUACUUUCACUCCUUGGUUCAAGCUCAUUGCUCGGGACUUCCUAUUUGGUUGGUGGGAUGAGCUACUGAAGUGCAAGGACUCACAUGGGCAGGUCUCAGCAAAGAGCCUUGCAGGUCUGGUUGAUGGUAGCAAGGUUGUAAAGAUGGUUUGACAAAGUCAGUCUCAAAUGGUUAGUACCAUGUAAUAGAUACUUGUAUUUUAGAGUGGGUAAGACCUUACAUAGAUAUGUGCAUAUAGAUUCUCCAAGUUUACUGUCAUCUUUAUACUACAAAGUGAUAUCAAGAGGUACCAAACCAUCUAGCUAACCAUCUGCCUAACAUACAAUUCUAUCUUUAAUUUAGGCUUUGAUAUAUCUCUUGGUAUAAAAUCAAUAUGGUGAUCUGUAAAUCCCUGAACAAUAGAUAAUAGAAUUAGAGAAAAGAGAUAAAGAAAGAAGGAUACAUAUC